AUUAUGCAGACGGCGUCACACAGAGACGCUCAGCGCGCGCGUUCUGGUCAUUCUGCUUGGUUACUAGUCUCUUUUGCUAGGAGAUUUUUCUCUCGUUAAUGUGGAAAUUAAUCGAUCGCUGUGGCUAAGUUACAGAAAGAUAGAUCAGUUCGACUGCGGGUAAAUCCCGAACAGUCUAACGAUUAUAGAGUGGUUGUGUUUGGAGCGGGUGGUGUUGGUACGUACAUCAAAAUAAGAAAUUAAUGAGCAGACACUCUGGCCUUAAUCGAACAAAGCGUUUUAACAGAUAAUCAAUAGUUCUUUUAAUUUAACUUUAUAGUAAAAAACAUUGCUUUUUUUAAAAAUCUUUUCAAAUUUGAAUACAAAUCAUUUUUAUAGAUCUGUUCCAUAAAUUCUGUCUUUCUUUAAGAUAGAUAUUUUUGUCAAAAAUAUUACUAUUUGAAUAAUGAGAGGUCCGGCUGUUCAUUUUUUUUAUACAAAAAAGAUAAUUAUAUCAAACUAAUACAUUACUAUUUUAGGAAAGUCAUCACUAGUUUUAAGAUUUGUCAGAGGAACUUUCCAAGAGUCUUAUGUUCCUACAAUUGAAGAUACAUAUAGACAAGUAAUAUCGUGCAAUAAGCAAGUAUGCACACUUCAAAUAACAGACACGACUGGUUCACAUCAGUUUCCCGCAAUGCAAAGAUUAAGUAUUUCGAAAGGACAUGCUUUCAUUUUGGUCUUCUCUGUUACCUCAAGACAAUCCUUAGAAGAAUUAAAGCCAAUUUAUAAUGAAAUUAGGGGAUUAAAAGAAGAUGUAGAGUGUAUUCCAAUAAUGUUAGUUGGUAAUAAAAUUGACGAUACUGCCAGUAGACAAGUUACAGAAAAAGUGGCAUCUCAACUAGCUAAAAGUUGGACGUGCUCAUACAUUGAGACAUCAGCAAAAAUGAAUACAAAUGUAAAAGAGCUAUUCCAGGAGCUACUUCAACAAGAAAAAAGACGAAACGUGAGUUUAAAUGUGGAUGGAAAAAAGUCAAGGGCUCGAAAAUCAAGAGAAAAGCUUAAAGGAAAAUGUGAAAUCAUGUGACUGUAAUUAAAAUUUUGUUUGGUAGAAAUACACUAAUUCUGUUGAUAAUAUAUGCAACUUUUAACUUGAUAAAUUAAAAGCCUGAUGUAUAUAUGUAAAUAUACAGAACUUUUUCAGAAUUGUGAUUUUUGUAGACA